AUUGCACUAAUGAAUACAACAUUGUGCAAAAACUUUAAAAACAUCCAUAUUGUAUUUGUUGCAAACCUUGUUAAAGGAUUUUUGGAGUACAGUGUUUAAAAAUAAUUCAGUCAUAUUUUUAAAACUUAAUAGACUCCAGUGCCAUGUGUCUAAUUAAACAGUAUAUGGAGUUUGCAUGUUUUUUUUUUCCUGUGUUCGCUUUGAGAAUAUGCUGUUUUCAGAAAGGGAGUCGGUGUGACGGUCUGUGAUGAUGGCGGCGAAAGACAGUUCCGAAAACCUGGUAUUCUUUGUGAAUGGAAAAAAGGUAGUGGAAAAGAAUGCAGAUCCAGAAACAACUCUACUGUCCUACAUCCGGGAAAAAUUGAGGCUGACUGGGACAAAGUACGCCUGUGGUGGAGGGGGCUGUGGUGCCUGCACUGUCAUGGUCUCAAAAUACCAGCCUCAGACCAAAAGCAUUCUUCAUUUUUCUGCCAACGCCUGUUUACUUCCCAUCUGUUUGCUUACCGAGGCUGCUGUUACUACAGUGGAAGGGAUUGGAAGUACAAAGACCAGAAUCCAUCCAGUGCAGGAGCGGAUUGCGAAGGCCCAUGGCUCUCAGUGUGGGUUCUGUACCCCCGGGAUGGUAAUGUCAAUGUACACCCUGCUGAGGAACAUUCCAGAACCCACCAUGGAGGACAUUCAGGAGGCCCUCGGAGGUAAUCUGUGCCGUUGUACUGGAUACCGACCUAUCUUAGAUGGAUAUAAGACAUUUUGUGGGGCAUCCAACUGUUGCCAAACAAACAGCAAUGGGGAUUGUUGCUUAAAUGAAGAAUUGUUGGGUCAAGACAAAGAAAAUGUCUUCUCAGAGCUAUUCAACAAAGAUGAUCUUAUACCUUUGGAUCCAACACAGGAACUUAUAUUUCCUCCAGAACUCAUUAUAAUGGCUGAAAAGCAAGAACGAAAAAGCCUCACUUUCCGUGGAGAGAGGAUAACUUGGAUCUCCCCUGUGUCCUUGGAAGAGCUUAUCCAGCUCAAGUCCAGUUACCCUAAUGCUCCUCUCGUAAUAGGAAACACUAACAUUGGACCUGAAAUAAAAUUUAAAGGUAUACUACACCCUGUGAUCAUCUCUCCCACCAGAAUUUCAGAGCUAUAUAAUGUCAUGAAAACAACAGAGGGAGUGUCCAUUGGAGCUGGUUGUAGCCUUUCCACUGUGAUAAAACUGCUGGAAGAGCUGGUUUCCAGUCUGCCAGAGGAAGAGACAGAGAUAUUCAGAGCUCUUUUAAAACAAAUGAAGAACGUUGGUGGGCAGCAGAUCCGCAAUGUUGCGUCUCUAGGGGCCAAUAUUGUCAGUGCCCAUCCAAACUCGGACCUCAAUCCUGUUCUUGCGGCUGCAAAUUGUACACUCAGUGUUGUGUCACAGGGAGGCAAAGAGAACAUUAUAUUAAAUGAAGAUUUCUUUGUUGGAUUUGGAAAAACGGCUCUAACCCCAGAUGAAAUAUUAGUUUCUGUUUUCAUACCCUUUUCUAAAAGGGGCGAGUUUGUAAGAGUUUUCCGCCAGGCCCCACGGCAGGAAAAUGCCUUCUGUUCCGUCAACUCUGGGAUGAAAGUCCAGUUUAAAGAGGGAACAGCUGUUGUAGAAGACCUGAGCAUUUUUUAUGGAGGCGUUGGCCCCUGUACUGUCAAAGCCAAGAAAACCUGUCAGGAAAUCAUUGGAAGGCCCUGGAAUGAAAAAACCAUUAGCGAAGCCUACAGGCUUCUUCUGGAUGAAAUAGAGCUUCCACCUUCUGCACCAGGAGGUAUGGUGGAGUUCAGAAGAGCUCUGACACUCAGCUUCCUUUUCAAAUUUUACCUGGAAAUGUUGCAGAAACUCGGAGAGAUGAAUGUAACCCUUGAGGAUGUUCCUGGAGAAUUUGCCAGUGCAAUACGGUUCUUCCCUCAAAAAAGGGAACACAGUGUUCAGGAGUUUCAGGUGGUGGCUCAUGAUCAACCAUGCUGGGAUCCUGUGGGGCAUCCCAUAAUGCACCGGUCAGCGAUCAGCCAGGCGACAGGAGAAGCUGUUUACUGCGAUGACAUUCCGAAGACAGAAGGCGAGCUGUUUCUAGUCUUGGUGACUAGCACAAGGCCUCAUGCAAAGCUGAUCGGCAUUGAUACAAGUGAAGCUCUUAAAGUACCAGGAGUUGUGGAUGUGAUAACUGCAAAAGAUAUCCCUGGAAAAAAAUUCAGGACCUUCACCAAUAUUGAUGAGGAGUUACUGGCUGAGAAUGAGGUGUCCUGUGUGGGUCAACUGGUAUGCGCCGUGGUGGCAGAUACGAAGCCACAUGCUAAAAGGGGGGCAGCGGCCAUCAAGAUCACCUACGAAGACCUGCAGCCAUUGAUCUUCACCAUCCAGGAAGCCAUCGAGAAGCAAUCUUUCUUUAAGCCUCAGAGAAGAAUAGAAAAGGGAAAUGUGGAAGAGGCAUUUGAGAAGGCUGACCAAGUCCUUGAAGGGGAAAUACAGAUUGGUGGACAGGAGCAUUUCUACAUGGAAACACAGAGCAUGCUUGUCAUUCCUGUUCAAGAAGACAAAGAAUUUAAAGUCUUCAUAGCCACACAACACCCAUCUUACACUCAGGAAGCAGUAGCUGAAACACUAGGAAUCCCAUCAAACCGGGUCUCCUGUCAUGUGAAAAGGCUCGGUGGUGCUUUUGGCGGGAAGGUAACGCGAACGUCAGUUAUGGCAUCCAUCACUGCUGUAGCUGCUUGGAAGACAGAUCGAGCUGUGCGUUGUGUGCUGGAGCGAGGAGAAGACAUGCUGAUAACAGGGGGUCGCCAUCCAGUCCUGGCAAAAUACAAGGUCGGCUUCAUGAACAAUGGGCAGAUAAUUGCAGCAGACGUUCAUUAUUACACCAAUGCUGGUAAUACAGGGGAUGAGUCCAUUUUGGUUAUUGAAAAAAUACUUCUACACAUGGACAAUUCCUACAACAUCCCUAACCUGAGAGGGAUGUCCACAGCCUGCCGCACCAACCUUCCUUCCAAUACUGCCUUCAGGGGCUUUGGGGUGCCACAAAGCAUGCUGGUCACCGAGAGCUGGAUCAAUGAUGUGGCUGUCAGAGUAGGCUGCUCAGCUGAGAAGAUUCGUGAGAUAAAUAUGUACAGGGGCACAUCCUGCACUCACUACAAGCUAGCGUUUGAUCCUCACAAUCUGUGGAGGUGCUGGGAUGAAUGCCUGGAAAAAUCUGCUUUCAGCAACAGGCGAAUUGCCAUCAACAAGUUCAACAAACAAAACCGCUGGAAAAAAAGAGGAAUCGCCGUUGUUCCCAUUAAGUAUGGUAUCGCAUUUGCUGAAAGCUUCCUGAACCAGGCGGCUGCCCUGGUCCAUAUUUAUAAAGAUGGGUCUGUGCUGUUGAGUCAUGGAGGAACUGAGAUGGGUCAGGGCAUUCACACCAAGAUGCAACAGGUGGCAAGCCGAGAGCUGAGAAUCCCAGCUUCAUUCAUUCACAUCAGUGAGACCAGCACCAACACCGUGCCCAACACCUGCCCUUCUGCUGCAUCGUUUGGCACAGAUGCCAAUGGAAUGGCUGUGAAGGAUGCUUGCCAAACCCUGUUACAAAGGCUGGAGCCCAUCAUACACGACAACCCCAAAGGCACUUGGCAAGACUGGAUUAAAACUGCAUACUUUCAGAAAAUCAGCCUUUCCUCUACAGGGUUUUACAGGGGCCAUGACCUGUACAUGGACUGGGAGAAGCAGGAAGGAAGACCAUAUGCCUAUUUCACAUAUGGAGUCAGCUGCUCAGAGGUUGAGAUUGACUGUCUGACUGGAGACCACAAGAAUAUCAGGGCAGAUAUUGUGAUGGACACUGGAAGAAGCAUAAAUCCCUCUGUUGAUAUUGGCCAGAUUGAGGGGGCUUUCAUUCAAGGUCUUGGGCUUUACACCAUGGAGGAGCUGAAGUUCUCUCCCUCAGGGGUUCUGUACACACGUGGUCCUGCACAAUAUAAAAUACCAGCUGUCUGUGAUGUUCCCCUAACAUUCAACGUGUAUCUGCUGGCCGGUUCGCAAAACCCACAUGCUAUUUAUUCAUCCAAAGGCAUUGGUGAGCCAGUCUUGUUUCUAGGAAGUUCAGUGUUCUUUGCCAUUAAGGAUGCUGUGUCAGCUGCCAGAAAGGAGAGGGACCUCAAAGGACCCUUCAGACUUGAUAGCCCCGCCACUGCGGAGAAGAUCUGCCAUGCCUGCUCCAACUGCUUCAUUCAGAUGAUUCCAGCCACCAAGCCUGGCUCCCAGCCAUGGGCUAUCAACGUGUGAAAUCAGAAAUCAAUCGUGAUUUUUAUUUGUUUAUUUGAACCACCACUGAUUUUUUUAGAUAUACCUUAAAAUUCUUUUAUUUAGGACACUGUAAUUUCACACACACUGUCAUUAGUAUUAAUUAUUCAUUUUACGUGCUAAAUUGUUCAAUUUAUUAUGAAAAAACAAGCUGAUGGUUGCUUUGUUCAAUAGUGCAUUUAGGUCUUGUCUACUGGUGCUUAUUUUACCUUCAAAUCUGAAAUGUCACUGCUGUACUUUUUCUUGCUUCUUCAAUUCAUUGAGUCUUUUCCACUGCAAUGGGUCAUAUUGAUGUCAUGGUACAAAUGCAGUACAUUUACAGAAAAAACAUUUUACCAGAACUAAAGUUCUGUCAUCACUCAAUGAGGUUGAGACAGCACUUAUGGCUGCUAUCUAUACCUUCCAGGGGGAUGUUCUUAGGUCAUAUGUGCUGCUUAUUUUGUGAAAUCUGAUGAGGUGAUAGUCUGUGUUUGGUUUCAUGACCAAAAUGCAGCAGUAUAAUCAAGCACGCCAAUGCUUCGCAUGUCGACAUACAUCUAACAUGUCUCACGUCAUCAGUUGACAAUAAUUUUGUACAAAUUUAUAUUGAGCCUUCAUUUUGUUUAGGCUGUAUAGAAUCUCACCAUAUUUGUCAGCUAGUUAGCUUAACAUAUGAAGGUGAAUUCCACAAUUUUUGUUAUACCACUUUACAAUGUGUACUGUACCUCUUGCAUUACUUACAGUUCAGGAAUUUACAGGUAUUGGACAAAAAAUGGUAACAUCUGGGUAAAUGAGUGACACCAAGUAUACUGAAAGCAUAUACAAAAAUGCCUAAUUAUGUUUAGUAUGACAGCAAGAAGAGACUUCAAUGACUUUGAAAGAAGGGUGAUUGCUGGGGCAUGUUUGGUUGGAUCUUCAGUGACCAAGACAGAUCACCUUGCUGAUGUUUCACGAGCAGCAGUGCCUAAAGUGAUUCAAGGGAGAGACUUAUUCGGCCCUCUGAAUCAGAUCUGCUGAUCAGAUCUGGACCAAAUGGAGCAUUUAGGGCAUAUUCUGGAAUGACACACGAGACACAAUUUUCCACCUCCAUCAACCAGAUGUGAGCUGACUGACUCUCUUGUGGAAGAAUGGCCACACAUAUCCAUUCCUGUUGAGACCAGACUACAGUAUGUCACUGAGCGUACAGGCUGUAUUGGGAUGACACCCCAAAUAUUAUUGGGUUUAUAUGUGUGUUUCCAUUUUUUGGCCAACAAAUGUCACUUAUCUGUAAGUCAUUGUGGAUAAAUUAAGUGCGUCAAAUAAAAUUAUAACAUUAAAAUCCAUCCUCAUGAGGCUACUUUAUUUCUAUAACAUAUGGCCUUAUUCCUUUUCGAUAUAGUAAUACAGCCGCCAUAGCAGGCUGAUAAAAUAUUACCUUAGCUGGUCACGAUCCUUCAAAAAGAAGGUCUUUUGAUUCUUGAUGAUCAUAAUGCAUGAGUAGUAACUGGGGCUGGUUUCAUAAAGAAAGGCGGGUGUUUUGUGAACCUGCCCAAUAUGGAACUGUAACUUAAGCUUCCAUCACCACAUUAGGACACAAGUUUGGGGUUUCUGAUAGAGCGCGCCACCUACUGAUUUAGCAACACCACUUGCAAUAGCAACCCGAUAUUCCCUCAGGGUCAGCUCCCCAGGCCAGCCCCUCUAUCUGGCUUGGCUUUUAAGAUGCGGCAAUUUGGCUUAAGAGCAGUACACUUCUUUAAGUCCAAUGUGUAGGGCUUACAGUAUAACGUACUACUUUGUGAUCCUGGCUACCAGGAUAAUUUUCAAAAUGCACUGACUAAAUAUUUCCUUGUAUGGUGCAAAUAUGUUUUAAAGAAACCAGUGAUUGACAUGCAGUUAAUGGGCUGAAGUAGUUCAAGUAGGGGGCUGUCAGCUUGCGUAGGCUGCAGAGGAACAAGUAAAGGUU